ACCUCUCACUCUGGUGUCUGACAGACUUGUGCGCUCUGUGACAGCCGCUGUCGCCGCUAUGCCUGGAAUCCUGCUAGGAGACGUCUUUCCUAACUUCGAGGCGGACACCACCAUUGGCAGAAUCAAGUUUCACGAUUUCCUCGGGAAUUCAUGGGGUGUCCUUUUCUCACACCCACGGGAUUAUACCCCUGUCUGCACCACUGAGCUUGGACGUUGUGUAAAGCUGGCUCCGGAGUUCAAAAAACGCAAUGUUUCCAUGAUCGCCCUGUCAAUAGACUCUGUGGAGGAUCAUCUCGGCUGGAGCAAGGACAUCAACUCUUAUAACUGUGAUGAGCCCACAGAGACACUACCCUUUCCUAUUAUUGCUGAUCCCAAAAGGGAACUGGCUGUACAACUUGGUAUGCUUGACCCUGAUGAGAAGGACAUGCAGGGGAUGCCAGUGACUGCAAGAUGUGUUUUCAUCAUUGGCCCUGAUAAGAAAAUGAAGCUUUCUAUUUUGUAUCCAGCCACUACUGGAAGAAAUUUUGAUGAAAUUUUGAGAGUUGUGGAUUCUCUUCAACUGACUGCAGUUCAUAAUGUUGCAACUCCGGUGGAUUGGAAGCCGGGUGAUCGAGUCAUGGUACCCCCAAAUGUUCCUGAAGAAGAAGCAAGUAAAAUAUUUACAUGCGGCGUCUUCACCAAAGAGCUCCCUUCUGGAAAGAAAUACCUGAGAUACACUGCACAGCCACAAUAAGCAGCAAUAAAACGGAUACUUAAUGAAUUAUCUCUUUGUCAACAACAAUAGUGAUUUAUUCAUAUGCAUGAUUGAUCUUUUUUGAUCUUGUGAUUUUUUGGGACAGCAAAUAAGCAAAUCUGAAAUUCAUCUGGAAGGGGGUCUAAAACAGUUCAAAAAGCAUUGUCCUCAAUGAGUCUAUUAACUUUGAAGCCAAUGGCACAUGAAGAGAACUGUUGCCCAUGGGAAGUUGACAUCCUGUGGGCAACAAAUGCUAGAAAAUACCUUCACAAUCCAGCAUAACUGCGAGAAAAUAUCUUAUGUAUUAUACUAGAUGACUGCAUGUUUUGAAUUGGCUAGCCUAUGAAAUAUUUUCAAUAAACUUCAAAACUUCAGGUAUUUUCCUCUAGUGCCUUUCAAGAAAGCCAGCAGGCACAUAAUCACUUUGCCAAAGACUUCAUUGGUGCUGAUGAUUUAAUAAAACCAAGUCAUGUAUGUUUGACCGCAGUCUAUAUGAUCCUAUUUUUUCCUGCUAAAUAAAUCUUGUACUUGAAUUAUAAAGCUUUUUCCUGCUUU